AUGGUGCAGAAUGACAAUCAGAUCAUGACGAAGAGGAGGCGUGUGUUCCUUCAGCCGACUCCGAAAGCUUGUAACGAGUGCAGGAGGCUUAAGAUGAAAUGCGAGGCCCGACGACCCUGUGCUCGAUGUAUCAUCAAGGGUCUGAGCAGCGAGUGCUGUGAUACCCCUUGUGCCUCCAACGGGCCACGGGGGCAGGUCCACAGAGCAUGCAUGCUGUGCAAGAAGGCCAAGAACGGUUGGCAUGACCAGUGUGUUGAGUUUGGCACCACCAUGUUCCUCUUCGAUCAGACCUCGCCCGCUGAAGAUGUGUCCCUCGGAUGCCUUGCAGUCGAAGAGUGCCAGGAUGUGGAGAGGCCGAUCGUGUACAAGGCAAACGCGAUUCUGUUUCAGUCUCACUUCGACCCAUGUCCUUUGACAGCGACAGCGACCAUUGGCUACGCCACGCUGCUGGAGCGGGUGUUCCUGAAGCUCCCGACCUUCACGCAGUACGUCAUAGGGACCGGCCUCUCCGCCUUCCUCACCCUGCAACUCGCGGAAUCGAACGCGCAGCGGAACUUCAACAACACGUUGCAGAACGAUUAUAGCGGGGUGGACGUGGUGGAGCAGAUCGAGAAUGAAAUGUGGAAUCAGAGCACGGACACUGCUGUGCUGAGGAUGAGGUGGAGCCAUGACGAGGAGACUAUGCAGCCGGUGCGGGAGGAGCUGUUUGCCAACGACCUGGUGUCUGUUGUUGGGAUCCACAAGGAAGAAUUCGUGUCCAGGUUUGCAGCUCACAACGUUGGGAUCUUCAUGACUGAGCUGGAGUGGAUGUGCUUCAUCUUGGACGAGGCGUUCAACGCCAAGGAGACCUUCGUCACGAGAUACUGGAGGUGUAAGAACUCGUGGAGGACGGACAACUUCGACGGGUGCCUUUGGAGGUUCAUCGUCUGCAAGCAGUUCGACGGGUUCGGACGGUUGAGGUAUACUCGACACUUCAUGCAGCCGGUUACUUUCUCGCUCGCUGCUCGUGUUUUGAUGUGA